AUGAAACCUUCGGAGGCGAUUGAGUUACGAAUCCAUUUAGAGUGGUAUCUAGCCGGUAAGAAAUAUCAUUUCAUCGGCGCUGAAGAUGGAGACCGAACCCCAAUAACAGAAGGAUUGACUUUACAACAAUCAACUGCAGCCUCACUGUUUUGGAACAUUGAUCAAACAGAAAGGAUAAUUUCUCACAUCAAGAACUUGGGGAAUCGCACAGAGAAGUACACCAACAUCGAUGGGUUUAUGAAAGAACAAGGUAUCGCAUUCUGUGGAAGGAUAUGGAACAUUUUACUACUGGUAUUGGAACACAUCGAAUCGCUUCAUGUUGACGGUAUUGUCAACUCGCUCGAUAUCGACAAGUUUGUCGACCACUUCAACAAUGAUAAUUUAAAACAUAGCACUUUGGCAGGCAUUAUCAUGGCUGUGGAUGCUGGCAUACUUGCCAUUCCGAAUAUUGGUUCUCAAAUGACGACAAUAGCUCUGUGCUCCAUGUCACUUAUCCUUUGUGUUCAUUGUAUCUUCGCAAGUGUUGUCACGCAGCACUUUGGUCAGAAAAUGAAGUCACUUGAAUAUGCACUCUCCCAGUUUGCUUCGAACAUCGAGGUAAAUGAUUUGCUGCAACUUGAGCAGACAGUACUGACAAAUUUUGAUAGUGUGGCGUUGUGCAUGCUAGGCUUUCUUGUCGGAAUUUUCACGGUCCCAAAUCGCUCUCUGAUAACAACCAUUCCUUGCGCAAUUGCCCUUGUUAGUUUAGGAGGAUUUGUAGUGUGGUCGUUAGUUGUCAUAUUUCGUCAGGGUCUGACAUACGGAAGUGGAACAGCGUAUUGA